GGGGGGGGCUUUGCAGUAGGUAAGACUAUGAAGGGCGCGCGCCCACACCUCCUUCCUGCCAGUCUCUCCCGGCCUUGAAGCUGCUCCUCUUGCUGCUCCUGCUGGCGGCCAGGGUCUCCGUCUCUCCCCGCGGUCCCUUCGGUACCUGAGACGGAGGAAACAGGAUAGUAACUGAUGAGUCAGCUCAGGAAAUCAUGGAACUGUGAUACAUAGAAUGACUGACUGCUUGAAGUUUUUAAGAAGAGACAUGUUACAGCAUAUAAAAAAGAAAAGGUAGAGUUGAGGCGGAAAGAAGGAAUACAGCAGCACCUUGGAGAAGAACUAGCUUAUUUUAGCAUGAGUUAAAUGAAUUUUAACUCAUGCUAAAAUACAGUGCUUCUGAAGAAGUGGAUUGAAAUCCACAAAAACCCAUGCUAAAGAAACCAUUCAUUUGUAAAGGUUAUUUAAAACAUAAAACAUAUGAAGAUAACAAAGUGUUGUUUCAUAAAGUAUAAUUCCUAUCAGAAGAGUACUUAAAGAGACACCAGCAGACCUAAUCAUGUGACUGGAAAUAAUGGUUUAUUAGAUGGUCUUUCAAAGCCAGUGGUGAUGGAACCAUUGAAUGAUGCUGAUGGAGAGCAGGAUCAACUCAGCAAGGCAGAAGAACCCCAUAAAUGCACUGGGGGGACUUUACAGCAGAGCUGGGUGGCCUGGUGGAAUGGACUCACCACAGGAGGAAUCGUGUAUCUGUUUGCCUUAUCACAGAUAUUGGUUUUCUUCUUUAUGUUUUGGUGCGGUGGCUCUGAGACUAUCCCAACACUUGUAAAUGCUUUGGAUGUGUUCCCCAACCUGCUCAUUCCAUUUGGACAAUUGGUUAUAGAUUCUACCAAGGAUCUGAUCCGAAAUGGAGGCCUCACAAUGUCCUACUUCCUGCUAUCUUUGAUUUCCUUUGGUUUGCUGCUCAUAGGAAUAUUGGUCUGGUAUCUUGUGAAUCCACCUCCAGAUCCCCCAUUUCCCCUUCAAGAGGACAGACGGCAAUCGGUAAGCCGCCAGCCUUCAUUCACAUACUCUGAAUGGACAGAGGACAAAAACGAGGAUGAUUUCCUUGAUCUGGACCCAGUGCCAGAGACACCCGUUUUUGACUGUGUGAUGGACAUGAAAGUGGAGACAGAUCCAAUAACCCUAACUGUUAAAUCCGUGGGACUGCAAGAAAGGAGGGGCUCCAAUGUUUCACUCACACUGGACAUGUGCACUCCAGGGUGCACUGAGCAAGGCUUUGGCUAUGUCAUGUCUCCAAGGGAGGAGUCAGCUCGAGAAUACCUCCAGACAGCAUCAAAUGUUCUCACUGAGGAAGAAUUACACGAGAAAGCAUUAGAUUCUUUUGUACUCCAGACAGAGUUUUUUGAAAUUCCAAUGAAUUUUAUUGAUCCAAAGGAAUAUGAUAUUCCUGGUUUGGUCCGAAAGAAUCGCUACAAAACAAUUCUCCCAAAUUCUCACAGCAGAGUGUGCCUUACCUCAGAUGAUCAAGAUGAUCCCCUGAGCUCUUACAUCAAUGCCAACUACAUCAGGGGCUAUGGAGGAGAAGAGAAGGUGUACAUUGCUACUCAGGGACCCAUAGUUAAUACUGUCAGUGAUUUCUGGAGGAUGGUAUGGCAGGAGCAUUCUCCAAUUAUUGUCAUGAUUACCAAUAUUGAAGAGAUGAAUGAGAAAUGUACCGAAUACUGGCCAGAAGAGCAGGUUACAUAUGAAGGAAUUGAAAUCACGGUUAACCAAGUCAUACAAGCAGAUGAUUAUCGGUUAAGGCUUAUUACCCUCAAGAAAGAUGAAGAAACAAGAGUUUUGAAGCACUUCUGGUAUACGUCAUGGCCAGACCAGAAGACGCCUGAUCAGGCACCUCCCCUGUUGCAGCUGGUUCAGGAGGUGGAAGAGGCCAUGCAAUGCACAGAAGCGAAGAGUGGUCCUAUCAUAGUUCACUGCAGUGCUGGGAUUGGGAGGACUGGUUGUUUCAUUGCCACCAGCAUUUGCUGCAAACAGUGGAAGAACGAAGGUGUGGUUGACAUACUCAGAACAACCUGCCAACUACGGCUAGACAGAGGUGGAAUGAUCCAAACUUCUGAACAGUAUCAGUUCGUCCACCAUGUCAUGAGCUUGUAUGAAAAGCAGUUUUCGAGAGCAGCAGCUGAAGAAUAAGGAUUUAGAAUCAUUUGUUAUAACGUAAAACAACAGAACUCUAACCAGAAUCGUAUGUAUUCCAGAGAAGAAAUGCCUGGAAAUUUUGAAGUAGAAGAUAUAUUUAUACAUAUAUAAAUAUAUAUAGUUUUACUUUCAUAUUGCUUUAUUUUGCAUUUAAGAGCUAAGAUACUGCUUUUCUUCAACAUGUGACGGGACAUUGUUGUCUUCACUCCAAAAGGCCUAUUUAUACUGUAAAUAAGAUCAGUAGCUCCAUUUGUUACAGAAUUUUAAAAACAUCAUUAUCAGAUUUGCUAUUUACAAACAGCAAAAUUGCUACUAGAUCCAAGUACAGUGUGAAACUCUUUGAUAAAUGUCUUGCUGAAGUCUGUAAUGUAUGUUUACUAAGCUUGAAAAGUAACUUUUUUGCCUUUUUUCCUGAUGGAUUGUUUUUACAUUUUAAACUACCGGAUACUGUGUAUAUCAUAAGACCUUCUGAGCCUCUGCAUUAAAGGAUACAAGUGGA